AUGGUCUCUGGAGCUGUUCUGAUGGAAGGAUGGUUCGGUAUUCUAGUGUCUGUCUCGGUACAAAGCGGUGGUGGUCACGUGGCGAACAGCUCGAGAGUCGAUGGCUUCACGUUGAGGUGCGCUGUCGCUAACGAGAACUGUGCCUUGCGGGCGCUCCUCGCCCGAGUCGUAAUAAAUGCUCCUCACCACGACACACAGUCACUACGGUCUCCUACCUCUAUCGGUAACGAGUACAUCUACUCAUCAUCACUCGACGGUCGAGUCGCCACACUCAUGAAUCUCAUAGUGAUAUAUACUACAAGCUCUAACAGCUCUAGAGGCGCUGGACACGAACAUCUACAUGAGACGGAGGGCGGCGCUACAACGGUAUGUACACGACGAGACGAGCAGAGGAGCCUCCAGUCGAGAUUGAGAAGGAGCGAAGUGAAGUACGUGAGGCACAGAAAUAAUUGA